GACCGUCAAAAUUCAUCCCAUUUAAAGGAAGAUCAAAAGCGUAGAGAACGUGAAAAGAUUAAUGAAAUGCUCAGUAUGAAAGAAAUUCAUCGUGAUUCCAAGCUAUGCCCCUCUUGUGACAUGGCAAUUUCUCGAACUGAAGGUUGUAACAAGAUGAAAUGUGGUAAUUGUGAACAAUACUUUUGUUACCGCUGCAACAAGGCAAUUGAUCCAUCAGAUCCUUAUGGACAUUUCAGGGAUGGUUCAUGUGAGCUGUUCCCAAGAGAAAUGGUCGAGUCCUGGCAAGAGCGAAUAAAUAAUCGCCAGGUAGUAGGACAAUUACAGGCUGAGCUUUUUCCUCAACGAGGCUUGACAUGUCCUAAUUGUCGUCAAUUUAAUGCAAAGAUUGGAAAUAAUAAUCACUUGUUUUGCUGGGCAUGCCAAAGCCACUACUGCUACUUGUGCAAAGAGAUUGUGAGGCGCGGCACCAAGCAUUAUGGACCCAAGGGCUGCAAACAACAUUCCGAGGGCUAGUAUAAGCAUAAUGCCUUAAGAUUUUAUUUAUUUUUUUGUCUAUUUUUGGCACUGGGAAACACCACAGGUUCAAUAGAGUUUUUCCGACCGGUGAAGCCUCCGUGAUUAAAUGCAAAGGUCGAAACCAUCUCCAGUGAGUUCAAUUCUAUUUUGCAGCAAAAUAAAGUAGAGAUAGGAUGUGUUUCUAUUUCGUACAUUUUUGUUUCUGUAAGAGAAAACAUGUAAAAGGAAUAAAUUAUACAGCAGAAUAAUUUGUCAA